AAAUAUCGACAUACCAAAAGUUUUUGACAUUCAGUAUAUUUUGAGCACUUGUCAACACUAAAUAGAAAAGUUGGGAAAACAAAAUGACUGGUCGUGAGGGCGGUAAAAAGAAGCCACUGAAGGCGCCCAAGAAGGAAGGCAAGGAGCUCGAUGAUGAGGAUAUGGCAUUCAAGCAAAAGCAAAAGGACCAACAAAAGGCGCUCGAAGCAGCCAAACAGCAGGCUUCCAAAAAGGGACCCCUUGUGGGUGGCGGCAUUAAGAAGUCGGGCAAAAAAUGAUCGCAACGCCUAAAUAAACAAUUAUUAUUU